UGCACUCUGGCAGGUACAUCCACGCAAAAAAAGCUAAUUCGAGCGAAGAAAAAAUUCUUUCACCGCUAAAUUGAUUUAAAAUAACGCCUUCGCUGGCCCAGUGGUCGGGUAAUUAGUUAGCCCCAAGAUGACGCGCGUAACGAGAAGUGAAAUCUCGCUGGACAUGGAGUUCUGGGUGGAGGAACUGUCGCCGGCACAGUUGGCGUACUACGAGAAGAUCACCAACGAGCACAAUGCGGUUAAGGGAGCGCUCAAGAACGCGGUGAGCGCCAACGAGGGCAAGGAACUCUUCAGCGGCCAGGUGUUCCAGGCAUACUCCUUCAAAGGCAAGGUGCUGCAGGAGCUCAAGGAGGCCACGCUUCCCAAAAAGCCGCCCAAGGCGGCGGAUCCCCCUCUUGCGCCUGUUACCCCAGUGACUGGCACUGGACGGGGGCGUGGCCGACCACCGCGCCAGCCCUCUAACAUCGCCUACCUGGAGUCGUCUGACGAGGGCGACGACGAUGUCCCGCUGGCCAAGCGAUUGGCCCUGUCGGUGGGCAAAAAAGCCGUGGCCGUGGCCAAUGCAUCCUCCACAUCUUCUCCGAAACUGGGCAAGAAGGCAGUCUCUGCGGGCAGUUCCUCUGGCAAAUCUUCACCGCUCCCCAAGAGCAGCGGAAAAAUGCCCAAGGAACCCAAGCCUGACAUAGAGUCGCCGCCCAAGAACUACCGCCCCGCCGAGGUCAACUCAGUGGGUGGCCUGGUCGUUGGUAGCACUGAUGAAAGCAAGGACAGCAAGGACGGCAAGGAGAGCAAGGACAACAAAAUGCAGGGCAAGACAUACCCGUCACUUGUUGUGCUUGCCAAGCCGUUCCUCAAGAUCAAGGACAUGGCUGCAACACGUAGCAAGCUGGACUCAAAGGUCAAACUGGUGCUCAUGCUGACGCCCAAUAAGUUCUGCGAGUGGCUGCUCCAGGAGGGACUCCUCCGCGCCCAACAACAUUGCAUCAAUCAUCGAAACAACGAGCUGAAGUUAGGCAUAUAUUCGGAUGUGACCAAAUUCCCGUAUACCGGUGGCUAUGUCUGGAUCAGCGAAUGCUGCCCCUACCGUUUCGUGUCGGUAUUCAAUAAUUCAAUUUUUGAAGGAGCCCAGCACCCGCCCACAUUCCUGCUGAAACUGAUAUAUCAUUGGGCCUGCCAGACCAGCAUACAGAAUGUGGUGCAGUGGGUCAAGGUAGACAGUGUUUACAUCAAGGGAAUCUACACCUGGCUAAGAGCCAUUUGCACCUUGGCAGUGCAUCAAAAGUGCAAGAAGUUAGGCGGCCCUGGCAAGUUUGUAGAGGUUGGCGUCAUUUCCCUGGGCACCACAUCGCAAGACGGAUCGCAGCGCCAGGUUAAGGUGGAGGUUCUUGGCGUCUAUGACUACGCGGAGAAAUCCAUUCGACUGCGUGCCGUGGAGCCCAUCACCGAUGGCGAUCGCAACUACAAGAAGCGAUUCCAGGCUAUUCUGGAGCCACUUUCGCGCUGGGUGCACAAGGACAGCACCAUUUGCAUUGAUUUGACCGUGGACAAGAUCACCCUGUUCAGCAUGGGAUUCAAAAAUAUCGUCCAGGCAGCCGCCACUGACAACACAGCCAAGCACAAUAACUCUGCUGUGAUGGAGUACUUGCGCCGGAUUGUGCCGCGCAUGUUCCAGAACACACUAUCGCUGCUCUCGCGACAGAUGAUCCAGCAAUUCCUUGACGAGCUAGUCUGGCGGGAAUCAUUUGGCACCUAUGCCCUGCAGGCAUUCAACAACAUUAUUAUACAUAUCGCCGAGCAGACGAGGGUCACCACCAAUGAGACCAUUACCCAGCGUCUGUAUCAGGUGGCCACCAAUCCGUUCAAGGACUGGAGUGUUUUGCCCGCCAACUACAAGGAGACCCCGGCCAAUGCGGCUCCCAAGCGCCUGAAGAAACCCAUCAACGAUGCCGACUACGUUGCCUCUACAAAAAUUCCAAAGAAGGAGAAGGAUAUUAUACCCACUGGAGCCAAGCGUGGCCGUCCACCAAAUGCGCUGAGCACUCCGCCACCGCAAAUGCCAGUUAAGAAGGGUCCAGGACGUCCUCCGGGCAGUACCAAUCAGCCAAAAGGUGACAAAGCAACGACAUCCAAGUUUUCUGGUCCUGCUUCAAUAUCUAAAGGUCUGGCAAAAUCAUUUGCAGCCAAAGCACUUGCGGCAAAAACACCAGGUAAAAAAUCAAAGGAGAAGGAAGAAAGCAUCCCGGUGGUUAUUAAGAAGGAAGUGGACGAUCUUAAGGGCCUAGAGGAACUGUACUACGGCAUUAGCGAUGGCACGGACGAGUACUAUGAGAUGUUUCCAUACAGCACACCCCGAACCGCCCACAACAAUCUGGCCAAGACGGUGGAAUGUCCGAUCUGCCUAAAUGGCGACUCCUUUGAUUCCAACGAGAAGCUGCAGACGCACUUGGUGUCGCAUAUUUCGCCCGAAGGUAAGCAGCAUCAGUUCCAGUGUCUUUUCUGCCUGGAGAAGCACCCCACGGAGUCAGUUUUGGCCAAGCACAACCAGAUCAUGCAUCCAACCGAGACAAAGACAGAGGGCUCGCCCUCCUACUAUUGCCUAAUCUGUCAGCAGCGUCACAAUUCCCUACACCUUCUGACUGCCCAUCUGCAAAAGGCGCACAGCACGCUGGAGCUGCCAUAUUGGUGCCACUCCUGCGGUUAUCGUUCAUCCUCACACCGCGAUCUGGUCAGGCAUUUCUACGACGACCACAAGCACCAGAACUUCCUGCAGUGUCCCUACUGCUUGGAUAUAUUCUACUUCUCGAAACGCGGCGUUGUUAACCAGCUGCGCAUUGAACACUACUUCCUGCAUUUAGACGAGCACAUCAACAAGCGGGAUCCCUCGCUGCGCUGUCAAAAGUGCUCGCUUACCUUCCUCGAAAAGGGCGAUCUUAAGCAGCACGCCGUGCAGCAUCAUGUCAGCAUGAUCAAGACCAACAAACCGGUGCGACUCUUGCUCAACAACUCACUGUUGAUUCCGCCUCCAAAGAUUCGCACACACCACCGAGAGCAGCCGCCGUUCUCCACGUACAAGCGCCCAGUAUUCUUUGCUUUCCUGGAGGGCAAGACUUGUGCCGAGUGCAACACUGAUUACGCAAGCGAAGAGACACAUUACACCGGCUGGCUGCACUGCGUUAAGUGCAAUUACCAGACCUGUUGUGAGCGAGCUCAAUUCCGUCAUGGCGUUGAUUGCAAUGGAAACUUUGUGGACGCCAUGGAGGUGAAUAUGCCGCAGGAGAUGCACUGCAUUUGCGGUUUUGCCACCGGCAAUGGCAACAAGAUGGCUCAACACUUGGCCAACUGUUCACUUAGCACCUGCUAUCCCAGUUUGGAGGCGGCCAAUGAGAAUGCCGUUAAACGCAAUAUGCUGGACAUGUUGGGUUUGGUGCGACGCGAUGGCGAAACCUCGGGCGAAGGUGCAGAAAUUGGCGAUGCUGCCGAAGAUGUCCCCGACCACAACUCCGAUAUAUUGCCGCCGCCGGAAGAUCAGCAGUUGCAGCAGCAUCAUCAGGAAGUAGAGCACCAGCAACAGAUGCAGGAGCCGGAUCAGCAGGUUGAGCCCCAAGCGGAGCUUCAACAGGAGUACUUGUCGGCACCAGUGGAGCAUGAGCCCGUGCAGAAUCUUCCGGUUCAUCAGAGCAUGCCCGUGCAGCAGCCCGGUCCAAUACAAUUCGGCGAAAUGGAGGCUGCCCCCGUCAUGCUGGAUCCCCAGCAGCAGGUCCAGGCCACUCCGGAUUACGCCCAAGUCUCGGUGGUGCAACAGCACCAGCAGCAGCAACCCUAUGGCUUGAGCAACUACGGCCAGAGCUCUUUGGCCACGGAUAUUGACAUGCCGUUGAUUGGCGAGCUGUCCGAGCCAAAUGCUCCGCCCACGCCACAGUUUCUGGGCGAGGUCCACACACCAAUGUUUGAUGCAGUGGCCGCCGCCGAGCAGCAGCACUAUCACGCCCAGCACCAUCAUCACCCUCAAUGAUACAAGCCACAUGGAAAGUUAAAAUCACGCGACUACACCCUCCACUGGCAGAACUACUAGUUGGAGUUCAUCCCAAACAUUCUGAUCGCACAUCGGCCAUAUCCCGGAUUUAAUAUAGCAACUGAAAUCAACACGGCAAUAUCUAAACACGAACAAUACAAUAUGAAGGCAGUUAAAAUUGUAUAGGAUCUUUUUAAGCAAUGAAAAAUAAGCACUUUUGACAUUAACUAACAUCUUGAAUGAAAUCUCAAUUGCACAAAGGUCGAUUAUACCGGAUUUACGCAUUUCCGCAAGAAAUAUCCAUUUAUCUCGGUGUAACCAUUCCUCUCCAAUGGGAUCUUUAUCUUUACAUUUUUAAUAUCUUUAAUAUAUUAUAAAUCAUUUGGAUAUUAAAAACUAAUCAUUUGUAAAUGACGCAAAUACAUUGUAAUUUUAAUAAAUCUACUUGUCCUUAAA